AUGGAGAGGAGAGCGGCGAGGGGCACCUCUGAUCACCGUCGGCGAAUGCAGAUGCCGCCGGCGCAGGUGGAGCAGAAGCCGCAGCGCCGCGGGGGGCCGAAGAGCUGCCAGAGAACGCCGCCGCCGCCGGGCUGCUUCACCAUCCAGCUGCUCAUGGUGUUCCUCUGGGUGGCCGCGUCGCUCGCCUUCCUGCCGCUCGUGCUGCCGCCGCUGCCCCCGCCGCCGCUCUCGCUGCUGCUCGUGCCCGUUUGCCUGCUCGCCGUCCUCGCCGCGCUCGCCUUCGUCCCGCUGGACGCCCACAACAACGUCGUCGGCGGCGGCUCGUCUUGUUUGUAG